CCCCCAACGCCAAACCACCCUCAUUAUCGCUCGCGAACCCCGAAUCUGCUUUUCUUCCGGAGACGUGACUGUUGGAUGCUUUAAGAAGGAUUGUUCCAACUGUACAGUUCUGGGGGCUCUCCUGCACUGGAGUUGUCCGACCGUCUCUCUCAGCAACUGCUACAGGCCAAGCACGAAUACUAGUCUUUCUUGAUCACAUCCCCCUCGGCGGAGUCUGCUAAAGGGAAGAAACCAUGGAGGACUUCAACAGCGAAACCGACAGUGACUACACUAGCUACUGGAGAGAUUGGUUUAUCUCAUCUCGUGGAAACGAAUACUUCUGCGAAAUCGACGAAGAUUAUUUGACCGAUCGCUUCAACCUUACCGGCCUGAACACCGAGGUCGCCUACUACCAGUAUGCUUUGGACCUUGUGACAGACGUGUUCGACCUCGACGCGGACGACGAUUUGCGCGAGCAAAUUGAGAAGUCGGCGCGUCACCUCUAUGGUCUAGUUCAUGCCAGAUACAUUGUCACAACUCGCGGUCUUGCCAAGAUGGUUGAGAAAUACAAGCGCUGCGAUUUCGGCAAAUGCCCCCGUGUUAUGUGUGACGGACACCCCCUCCUGCCCAUGGGCCAGCACGACGUUGCCAACCAGAGCACUGUUCGCCUGUACUGCCCCAAGUGCGAGGAUAUCUACAACCCCAAGUCGUCUCGUCAUGCUUCUAUCGACGGCGCUUACUUCGGCACUUCGUUCCACAGCAUGCUCUUCCAGGUUUAUCCUGCUUUGCUUCCCGAGAAGAGCAUCCGCCGCUAUCAGCCCCGUUGCUUCGGCUUCAAGGUGCACGCCAUGGCUGCCCUUGCGCGCUGGCAGGAUGCUUACCGGGAGGAGACAAAGGCGUCCCUUCGCGAAGCCGGUGUGGAAGCCAAAUACAUCGAAGACGACAGUGAGGAGGAAGAGCUAGAUGACGACGACGAGCCUAUCUCUGAGACCAAGGAAGAGAGAGUCGCCGGCGAUGCCGCCUCUGGCCGUAUGGAUCUUGGCAACUGAUUGACGCUCCCUGGCAUGAUCUUUCUGCUUCAUCGGAGUUUCCUCAUUUUCCUCUCAUAUCCACUUGGCAUGGGCGCAGCAUUAUGAACUUGCAUUUCAUCGCGCGUCUGGAUCGUUUUCUGCGGUUUCACUUCCUUUUUCUCUUUUUCCUCUAAACACAUACGCGUCUUCCGACUAACGGCUUUCUGAAAUCCCGGGCGUAUGACGGGUCUUUACAAUUUCAUUAUCUCAUGUGCACUGCAAUAAUGAUCACGAACACUGGUGGGCGUUGGAAGUUUCGAAGAUGGCGGGUCUGUUUUCCUCUGCUUCUAAUGUGUACUAGUUUAUUCCUCGGGUUUGUCUCCCGUGACUUCAAGAUCACUCAGACAUGGCGAGUUCGGCUCUUAUGUAGAAUACCUUAGUUUCAGUCAGGAACAGAGACAGAGGGGACAUAAUGAACUACAUGCUCGUCAUUCAAUCAUC